CUUAGUGCGCAUGCGCAGAUCAUGGCGCUGGCUGGUAGAUGACUGUUUGUGUGCUCGGUUCUGGCUGUGUGAGAUUUCCCAGCCGGUAAGAUGAGGCCUCUACGCCUCCUGCUGUCCUGGGGUCUCUUGGUGACUGAGGUACUGUGUGAAUAUGGGAUGGUACAUGUUACAUCUGAGAAGAGCAAUGGCAAGGAUUACUGCAUUUUGUUCAAUCCAUCGUGGGCCCGUCUCCCUCAUGACCUUACCAAAGCUGCCUUGUUGCAACUCCAAGAUCAAACUGCGUCUGUACUAUGUUCUCCCAUGGAUGUACCAGGUGGCGGGUUUACCAACCGGAUUCCCAUGGUAAUGCGAGGAAACUGCACAUUCUAUGAAAAGGUGCGGUUGGCACAGAUCAACGGAGCAAGAGGAUUGCUGAUAGUUAGCCGGGAGAGGCUGGUUCCUCCAGGAGGUAAUCACAGUCAGUAUGAAGAGAUCGAUAUCCCUGUGGCUCUUCUUAGCUAUACUGAUAUGUUGGAGAUUAGCAAGACAUAUGGACAUUCAGUGAAAGUGGCUAUGUAUGCUCCAAAUGAACCAGUUAUGGACUACAACAUGGUUAUUAUCUUUGUGAUGGCUGUUGGAACGGUUGCUAUUGGUGGCUAUUGGGCAGGAAGCCGGGAUGUAAAGAAACGUUACAUGAAACACAAGCGGGAUGAUGGAGCAGACAAAAAACAUGACGAUGAGACUGUGGAUGUGACGCCUAUCAUGAUCUGCGUCUUUGUAGUGAUGUGCUGCUCCAUGCUGGUUUUGCUCUACUAUUUCUAUGAUCAUUUAGUGUAUGUGAUCAUAGCCAUAUUCUGCUUGGCUGCAUCCAUCGGUCUGUACAGCUGCCUGUCUCCAUUUGUCCGCAGAAUCCCAUAUGGUAAAUGCAGGGUUCCAGACAACAACUUGCCUUAUUUCCACAAGCGACCUCCAAUCUGGAAGCUGCUGCUGGCAGCCUUCUGCAUCAAUGUCAGCGUCAUAUGGGGAGUAUAUAGGAACGAAGAUCAAUGGGCCUGGGUCCUCCAGGAUAUUCUUGGCAUUGCAUUCUGUCUGUACAUGUUGAAGACAAUUCGCCUACCUACAUUUAAGGGCUGUACUUUACUUCUGUUUGUUCUCUUUAUAUACGAUGUGUUCUUUGUUUUCAUCACGCCGUUCCUUACAAAGAGUGGAGAAAGCAUCAUGGUGCAAGUAGCCUCUGGACCAUCAGACUCUUACACUCAGGAAAAACUUCCAAUGGUUCUGAAAGUGCCGCGAUUAAAUGCUUCGCCUCUUGCCCUCUGUGACAGACCUUUCUCUCUCUUGGGCUUUGGAGACAUCUUGGUACCAGGUUUGCUGGUUGCUUAUUGCCAUAGGUUUGAUAUUCAGAUGCAGUCAUCACGGAUCUAUUUUGUUGCCUGCACUAUAGCCUAUGGAAUAGGUCUCCUUGUGACCUUCGUCGCUUUAGCCCUGAUGCAAAUGGGCCAGCCUGCAUUACUGUAUCUUGUUCCCUGUACCCUCCUUACCAGUCUGGUAGUAGCUCUCUGGCGCAAGGAAUUGCCAAUGUUCUGGACAGGCAGCGGUUUUGUGCAGAAAGACCUACCUCAACCAUCAUUGGUCCAUACUCCUAGUUACCCUAAUGCUGGCUUAGGCCAACAAACUGAAGAAGAAGAACAGACAACAGAAACAAACAACCAAUCUGAGUCAAAACCAGAAGAGACCACAAAAAACCCUGUUGGGAAAAAGAUGCAACAAGAUGUAGAAAAGAUCUCGGACCCAGCUGCAGAACAGUUAAUUUCACAACCAUCUGAGCCACAGCACUGUCAAAAUACAGAUAGCACUACACCAAACCCUGCAGAAACAAAACUGGUCAUAGCCCCAGAUAAGAUGGAGUCCAAUCCCACUGAAUCACAGCAUUGCUCCAAAACCAACAGUGUUAUGUCAGACCCUAUUAAUCCCGCUGAUCUACCAGUACCUACUCCUCUACCGCAUGCUGAAAUGGCAAGCCUCACAAAGCAAAAGUGACAAGCAAAAUAUUUCAAGCAUAAAUGCCGGCGGAUGUGUGUGGUGCUUUAAGAAAAUAAAUAAGACUUAUUGUUUGUAUAAAAGCAGAGAAGCUCUGUUGGAAGUCUUAUCUCCAUGUACUUGGAAUGAAACCAUGGACUUUUUUCUGUUUCAUAUGAGAUUUAACAUUUUUUUUAGCAAUCAUAUUUAGCAAAACAUGGUGCUUUUUUACAAAAAAGAAAAUAAUCUCAAAAUAAAACUCCAUAAUAGGAUCUUGCCAAUACAAUGUAGUUAGAAACUUUUAAUAUUUACAUUUCCUAUUCUGCACUAUAUCAGGAUAGAAUUAUUAAAUAUGUGUAUAUAUGUAUAAAAUUUAUAUAUAUGUAUUCAUUACAUAUAUAUUACAUACAUAACAUACCGAUGUGGCUGUAACAUUACUAUAUAAUUUUUUUUUUUAUUUGAAUUAUUGUAACUUAAUUUCCUCAAAAGAGGGAGCCAGCAGCUGUACGGUUGCAAAAGAGAUUAUGAAUAAAGACAUACUUCUUUUA